AAAUAUGGAACGCUCAUAACGAUCUCGAAAAGCCAUCUCUUCCUUGCAAUCAUAUGGAUGAUUGCGUAGGAUCAAGAGAGAAUACUUGAUGAGUUCUUUUGUGGUUCCGCUGUUGAUUGAAUAAAACAAGCUUCUCAAUCGCAAACUCUAUAAAGCCUGGUUUUGAGCAUCACAAGCGAUAAAUAAAUGACACUAUAUGACUUUGUCCAAAAGAGGAGCUUGGGUCUGGCGAGUGUCUCGAAAGAGGUGCAGAAGUGUGCCAUCUUCCGCAACUACUCUUCGCUUACGAUGCGAGAGGUGCCAGUCACAGUUCCAAACUCGAAUAAGAUCUUCGCAUCUAAGUGGAUUUCACAUAGCGAAAUUGUGUUCGGAACAAAGUGCAAUCAGCUGAAUGUGUUGAAUGUACAUAACCAGAGCAAGUUCUCGAUACCUCUUCUGAAGCGCCGCCGGUUAAAAGAAGGGUCUUUGGAGCAGCAGUCGAGGAACAACCAGUACAAUUCCAACUGUGGAAUUCACACCAUAGCAGUCAAUCCGUCGGAGACUAGAAUAGCCACAGGCGGUGAGAACCCAAAUGACGUUGCCUUCUACUCGCUACCUCAGAUAGAUCCGCUCGCUCUUGGAGAGAGUGGUCACAGUGAUUGGAUUUUUUGUGGAUCUUGGAUGGACGACGAAUUCUUAGUCACUGGGAGUCGUGACAACUACCUUUGCAUGUGGCAUAUUCCCUCGGACCUUGAGGCGUGUUCUUCUGGAUCUGGCGGAUGUGACGAUGCCGAUUUGCCUUUUUACUGCUCCGUUGACCCAGUGGCCAAGAAACUGUGUCAGACUAGUGACCGAGUGCGUGCCAUGGCCUUCAAUGCCAAACGAAGUGAACUGGCAGUUACUUCGCUUAACGGUUACAUUCACACCUGGGAUCCAGGACAUUUGCGACAGAUAAGUUCUGAGAAGUUGUUGGGGUGUCAGGAGACAGUGACUCUGUGCUACUCUGAGCAGCACAACCUAUACUGUUGUGGAUCAUAUCAAUACCUCAUGUUCUUUGACCCCAGGACAAUGCGGCUAGCUCAUUAUCACAGCCUCAAAGACAGUCAAAUCGGUAUUCGCUCCUUAGCCACCGUUGAUGACGUGCUAACAGUAGGAACAGGCAAGGGGCUGAUUCGGUUCUAUGACCUGUCGGCUAGCAAGUUCAUAUCGUGCAAUUGUGGGAUCGACUGGUAUCUACGCGCUGGAAAUGGUCGAAUUACUGAGAACGCCAGUUCAAUCUCCGACAUCCUCAACAUUCCACCCUCCGAAUACAAGCAUGCAAUCUACACCCUCGCAUACGACAACACCCACACACGACUGUUUGCAGCUGGAGGACCCCUACACGCCCAGAUAUCUGGAAACUAUGCGGCAUUGUGGAUGUGAUUUUACAGCAAAACUCUCUUAGACUGACUCUAGACCCUGCCGCUCGCUCCCUUCCCUUUUCCAGGUGGUGCUGUGUUAAUCUGUAGAUUAGCGUCCUAAACUCUUCCCGAUUCUUAAGAAAACUUAAUCUGAUCAUGUAACGGUGCUAAAAGCCAAGAUGAGUUUCAGUGUUGAUUUAAAUAACAGGAUAAAACAAAUGAAGCCUGAAAAUAAAACGCGGUUUUUUCAAAUUGAGUUGAUUCUAAAAAACUUGCUUAGGUGAAAUGUAUGGUGCAAUUUGUUCUGCAAAACUUGCUCUUUUCCACCCUGGCUCUAUCCGAGCCAAAAAUACCCAUUUUAGGGUAAUUUUUGGGUUCAAACUUUGCACAAAAAUGUUCCUCAUAAUAGUUCGGUCUAAAAUAAGCGACCCAAGUCAACCCAAUUCGAGAAAGACUCGUUCUAAGUUUUUUUUUCGUUUUGUUCGGAUAAUUUAAUGCAGCUCUGUAGUCAGUUCAAAAUUGCCCUAGUCAGCUCAUAGUAAGUGAAGACAACAGAAGUGUCUCGGAAGUUUAUCAGAAUUACUAAGAUGCAAUUCAUUUGCGAAAUUCGGAACCAAAAGUUUAACCCAAAAAUGGGUCAUUUUGGCUUGUUUUCAAAUAAUCCAAAAUUACGCUAAAACUUCUUUGUUACUUCAUAAGAAAUUUAUAUCAAAAGAAGCCUCUUACACAGCUUAACACUGUUCUAGAAAAAAAUCUGUAUAAGAGAAGAUAUUUGACUGAUAGCCAAAAUGUCAUUUUUAAUAUAUCAAGCUCAAAAUUAGAAUCAUAUUUAAAACGUUUUGCGCACAUUUUUGAAGUGUUAACCCUUCUCGAUAGUUGUUGGGCUGUGUAAGAGGCUUAUUUACACUAGUGAGCUUGAGAGCGUUAGCGUAUUAGUACGAACCUUCUUUUUUUCUAACCUAAGUCGCAAAUAGAAGUGUUCAAUAAAGUAUUUGGUGGCACUUUGCUGUAAUCACGAUCUGUAGCAUUGGAAAUUUUAUAGCAUCUGUUCUCUGCUUUAUUUGUGGCUUGUGUUAGUGUUUCAUUAAGCGUCCGUAGCUGAGUGGUUAGUGCGUGAGACUAAUUUUCUUGUUGUACUUUAUGGAGCUGCUUUUUGUCGUGUUUUUGCUAGUGUUUGCGAAACGCAGCUUCGCUUGUGUGUUUGAUAUAACUUUCUCAUCAGUUAACUUAGAAGUUUUAGCGUAAUUUUGGAUUCUUUGAAAACAAGCCAAAAUGACUCAUUUUUGGGGUAAACUUUUGGUUUCGAAUUUCGCAAAAUGAAUUGCCUCAUAGUAUUUCCGGUAAAAUUCUCAGGAAAUUUUGUUCUCUUCACUUAUUGUGAAAUCUCAACCCAAUUUGAAAAAAAAAACGCGUUUUACUUUUCCAAUGUUCGUUUUGUUUGGAUAAUUUAAAUCAGCACAUUUCUUGAUCGAUAGUUAACACUAUUUAUGAAAGCCGUUGGCAAGGCCAAAAAACGGCAGUUUAUAGGUCAAAAACUGAAAUGCCCAUAGUACUGAAAGCUUGAGAAUUAGAUUUUUUGCAGACAAGAAAUGAAUUCAACUAGUUUUUUAGCUGUGCUUUUAGCUUUUACUUUGUUUUACUAGACUCUAUUAUAGCAUUUAUGCUGCUAAAUUUAUUGGUAAAUUCUUUAUAAAUCUAUUUCUUUUUCUAUGCUAUAUUAUUUGUCUGUCAGUAAUUGAGAAA